AUGGACUUCGCUGUGAGGGUGUCAGUCUUUCUAGUACUGAAUUACAGGGGGAGCUGUACUGGGUGGAUUCUAGUGGGUUCUAGUACUGUAGUCGGUUCUAGUACAGCUUUGCUUUUCCAGAACCACAUUGACUUUCUGGAGGAUGGCUGCUGCGCAAACUGGAUGGAUAUACUUGGCAAACCGUGGACUUUUUUACUGUUUUUAACGCUCUGUGGAUUCAGUCUCAUGCUAUCAGGUAAUGUGGAAGCAGUCCUAGACUUGAUGCUGAUCAAUUCUCUUCCUACUGUGGCUGAUUCAGAGACAUCGCUAAUCUGUAUUGCACCAAGCUGGUGGUCACCAGAUUCUGUCACCAUUGGGCGCGACUAUGAAGCCUUAAUGAACCAGCAUCAAGACCCCCUAAUAGUAACUGAAGAUGAGACACGAAGAACAGCAAAAAAGGUGGUAUGGCAAAGGGCACAGUCAGACAAAAGCAUUGGCGCUUAUUACUGUGAAGGAAAAUUCAAAGAUCAAAUUACAAGAAUACACACAAUGAAGAUGCCACAAGAAGCUUCCUUCCUUCCAGUGGCCUUAACUAUUACAGCAAACAAGGAAGAACUGAUCAGCAUUCCCUUCCACAGACAGGUGGUUAAGGAGGAAGAUGCAGUGAUCUACAAAAAUGGUACUUUCAUAUAUUCUAUCCUCAGGCAGGAAGUUCCAGAACUGCUGAAAGUGCCAAUUGGAAGGGGGGUCCAGCUACAAGAUGCGGGAGUUUAUUCUGCCAGAUACAUAGGAGGAAACCACUUUAACUCGGCCUAUACUAGGCUGAUAGUACGGAGGUGUGAAUCUCAGAAAUGGGGACCAGAUUGUAGCUCUCACUGUCCCGACUGCAAGAAUGGCGGCAUCUGCCAUGAAGACACUGGGGAAUGCAUUUGCCCACCAGGCUUCAUGGGGAAAACAUGUGAAAAGGCUUGUGGAGAAAACACAUUUGGCAGGACUUGCAAAGAGAACUGUAAGGAAGACUCCGGUUGUAAAUUGUUUGUGUUUUGCCUCCCUGACCCAUACGGCUGUUCUUGUGCUUCAGGCUGGAAGGGACUCCAAUGUGAUGAAGCUUGUGAGUCUGAUUUUUAUGGACCAGAUUGCAAAGUGGCAUGUAACAACUGCAAUAACCGAGGAAGGUGUGACAGAUUUAAGGGCUGCAACUGCAACCCCGGCUGGCAUGGCCUACAGUGUGAAAAAGAAGGUAAAGCAAAGCUUUCAGAUGAAUCGCCCGAAAUAGAGAAUUUACAGGAUGCACUGGAACUCAAUUCUGGCUCAGAGUUUCACCCGAGUUGUAUAGCUACUGGCAAGCCGCUUCCUACACAAGAAGAAUUUAAAUUGAUAAAACAAGAUGGAACAGUCCUUAAGCCUAUCUCAGUGACGAAUAGAAGCAAUCAGUCGGAAGCUACAUUUUAUAUUAAAAAAGUCCAGCCUCCUGAUUCUGGAACAUGGGUCUGCGUUGUUGAGACAGUAGCCGGCAUGACAGAAAAACCUUUUCAAGUUACAGUUAAAGUUGUUCCCGUGCCUAUAAAUGCUCCUAAGCUGGUAGAGAGAGGACAUAAUUUUCUCAUCAUUGAUGUGAAUGCAGGUCAACACACAGGGGAUGGACCGAUUGUGUCAACCAAGAUUCUUUACAAACAUGCCAAGUCUUAUUAUCACUGGAAGUCAAUAGAGGUAGCUGAAAAGAACAUAAAACUAGACAAUCUGGAACCAAAAACAGAAUAUCAGUUCUGCGUCCAGCUGACUCGCCGGGGAGAUGCGGGAGAAGGACAUCCUGGUCCGCAGGCCAGUUUCACUACAGCUGCUGUUGGUCUCCCUCCACCAAGAGGUCUCACUCUUGUUCCUAAAAGUACAACAUCCCUGCAGUUGUCAUGGGAGCCAUUCAUUCAGCCCUUUGAAGAUGACGUCCAUGUUGAAGUAGAAAUGAAGAGUGUGAAUUAUAGGAAUGGGGAUAGCACCACAUGGGUUAGUCUGCCAGGAAAUGAGUCUAUGCUGAUUAUUGAGAAUUUGGAGCCCAGACACCAGUACAUGUGCCGAAUCCGUGUGAACAGCAAGUCCCAAGGAGAAUGGAGUACCUACCUGUAUGCAUGGACCUUCAGUGACCGAACUCCACCGUCACCCAAUAACGUCCGGAUUGAAAACAUCACCGACUCCUCUGCUAUCAUCUCUUGGUCAACAGCUGAAGGACAUUCCAUCUCCUUUAUCAUGCUCAGCUAUAAAAUUUAUGGCAAGGCUGAGUACAACCACAUUGAUGUAACAAUAAGAAACACCACCGUGACUCAGUACCAACUCAAGGGUCUUGAGCCAGACACUGAAUACAUGGUUCAAAUAAGUGCCUACAACAACGUGGGGCAGAGCAAUCCCAACCCUUCUUAUGAACUGAGAACCUCACCAGAAGCAAAAGUUCCACAGGAGUCCAAAGGAGGGAAGAUGUUGCUGAUCGCUAUCCUUGGCUCAGCAGGGAUGACCUGCCUAACAAUACUGCUGGCCUUUUUCAUCAUGCUGCAGCUGAAGCGGGCGAAUUUCCAGCGGCGAAUGGCCCAGGCUUUCCAAAACGUUGUGAGCAAUGAAUACAUAAAAGUGUUUUUUAUACCAGAAUACGCUUCCAAGGAUGAUCACCGAGAUUUUGCUGGAGAAUUGGAAGUCCUUUGUAAACUUGGACAUCACCCUAAUAUAAUAAACCUUCUGGGAGCAUGUGAACAUCGAGGGUAUCUCUAUCUUGCUAUUGAAUACGCUCCUCAUGGAAACUUGCUGGACUUCUUGCGGAAGAGUCGGGUCCUAGAGACUGAUCCGGCGUUCGCCAUUGCUAACAGUACGGCUUCCACGCUGUCCUCCCAGCAGCUACUUCACUUUGCAGCCGAUGUGGCCAGAGGGAUGGACUACCUGAGCCAAAAACAGUUUAUCCAUCGGGAUCUGGCGGCAAGAAAUAUCUUGGUUGGAGAAAAUUAUGUUGCAAAAAUUGCAGACUUUGGAUUGUCCAGAGGCCAAGAGGUUUAUGUUAAGAAGACUAUGGGAAGGCUUCCAGUGAGAUGGAUGGCAAUUGAGUCCCUAAACUACAGUGUGUAUACUACAAACAGUGAUGUGUGGUCCUAUGGUGUGCUUUUAUGGGAAAUAGUUAGCUUAGGUGGAACACCAUACUGUGGGAUGACUUGUGCAGAACUCUAUGAGAAGUUGCCACAAGGAUACCGACUGGAGAAACCUCUCAACUGUGAUGAUGAGGUUUAUGAUCUGAUGAGACAAUGCUGGAGAGAGAAGCCUUAUGAGAGGCCGUCAUUCGCUCAGAUACUUGUAUCACUGAACAGAAUGUUGGAAGAAAGAAAGACAUAUGUGAACACUACCCUAUAUGAGAAGUUCACCUAUGCAGGCAUUGAUUGUUCUGCUGAAGAAGCUGCUUAGGAUGGAAGAGCUUCAUUUAUUUAAGCACCCAAAUACCUUGAUCUUCUGGGACAAAAAAAAACCAUGCAGUGAUGUUAAAUGACAUAUCGUGCUCUCUGUACAGGACCUUUUAACUACACAUCAGUAUCUUACAGUGAGUUCUGUCUCAGUAU